AUGAAGCCCUACCUCCUCCGGCCUUAUUCAGGGCGUCGUCUUCCCGAGAACACACGGGUCUUCAAUUACCGGCUCUCUAGAGCCCACAGAGUAGUGGAGAACACCUUUGGCAUCCUCACACAGCGCUGGAGGGUCUACACUGGCAGACUACAAGUUGGCCCUGAAACAGCAGACAGCAUAGUGAGGGCAACCUGCAUUCUCCACAACAUGCUGCGGUCUGCUAAGAUCGGUGGCCAGAAUCCAGACGAUGAGCCGGAUGAAGAUGAGGUUGGGGUUGAGGACGAGGAAGAGAGCAUCCUCAGACCCAUCCAAUGA